AAAAAAUGAAUAUAAAAAAAGUUUUCCAUUGUGAAAAGAAACAGCAGCAUACUCUGUAUGUCUGUAUAUUCUACUGUUCACCAAAAAAAAAUUGAUUGAACAGACAGAAAAAAUUUUCUAGCUGACCUCUUGCAGCAAAAAGUAGUAACCGUAUCGACAGUCCCACUACCACACAGUAGCUGUGGUGAAGUGACUUCUUACAGGUCGCUUUCGUUAUCUACGCUAGCAUUGUGAAUGGCCGGAAGCUUGAAGAAAUCAAACGAUUGGAGUAUCUUACAUCAUUGCCAAAGGAAUGUUGUCGUACUUGCUUUAGGAUGUCUCUUUGACUGCUUACUCAAAUCAAUUUCAUCUGAACUAGGGCAUACGAAAUCUCGGAUUUUUUUUUCCAAAGAAAAUUUUUUUUGUUACAGUUUCCUGUACCUGUUGCAACGGCAUUCCUUUUCAUCAUCAAUCACAGUUAUUGUUGUUAAUAUAAUCCUUUCCUGGCUCAUACAGAUUUCAUAUGGGAUACGACUUGUCAUUCUUGGCCCUUUAUAAAGGCUUGAUGCAAUAAAGUGUUGAGUGCUGUUAGAUCACGGCCGUCAGUUAUGUCAAC